GAUGACCAGAGACUGCAGACACAGUACAGGAGAUGACCAGAGACUGCGGACACAGUACAGGAGAUGACCAGAGACUGCGGACAGUACAGGGGAUGACCAGAGACUGCGGACACAGUACAGGGGAUGACCAGAGACUGCGGACACAGUACAGGAGAUGACCAGAGACUGCGGACAGUACAGGAGAUGACCAGAGACUGCGGACACAGUACAGGGAUGACCAGUGACUGUGGACAUAGUACAGGAGAUGACCAGAGACUGCGGACAUAGUACAGGAGAUGACCAGAGACUGCGGACACAGUACAGGGGAUGACCAGAGACUGCGGACACAGUACAGGAGAUGACCAGAGACGAGACUG